GAGGAGUAACACUCCCCAAACCGAUGCCCAAACUCACCUGCAUGCACAAACCUCUCCUUUACAUGUGAGAUCGACCACUGCUCUGUCCCUCCUCGGCCUCCUGCCUCGCUUCCUCAGAACCUAGCACAGUGGAGCCAUGUCAGCACAUUCGGACUCAGGUGGCGUCCAUAGCCACUCUCAUCCCUCCUGGUGGCUGGGGCUGCACCAGAGAGCCAGGGGUCGGCAGUCUUACUCGACAGACGGAAGGACCGGUAUUUUGCCAGGACGAAGGGCCACUCUGUCCCCGGUGCUGCCCUUUCACAGCUGGCGGGCCCGGUGGCUGUGGCUCGCCAUGCUAAUUGUGGCCUACAUGCCCUGCGAAGCCUGGGCUUCCACCUACAAAGUGGCCAUCGUGGGGCCCUGGGCGUGCGAUCCGCUCUUCUCCAAGGCCCUCCCCGACCUGGCUGCCCGCCUGGCCACCAACCGCAUCAACAAAGACCCCAACAUCAACAAGGGCUACUGGUACGACUACACGCUGGUCAACGAGGACUGCCAGACCUCGCGCGCCCUCGCCCGAUUCACAGAGCUGGAAGGCCAUGGCUCGGCCUUCCUGGGCCCCACCAACCCUGGCUACUGCUCCUCGGCCGCCCUGUUCGGAAAGAACUGGAACAAGGCCGUACUGUCCUGGUCCUGUCUGGACCCCAACAUGAACGAGGACACAUACCCCACCUUCCUGCGGCCGCUGCCUCUCUCUGCACGCGUGCUCUUCUCCGUGUUACGCUUCUUCCGCUGGCCGCACGUGGCCAUCAUCACCGCAGAGGGAGACCUGUGGGAGGCCACCGGCCAGGAGCUCGCCUCGGCGCUGCGCGCCCUGGGCCUGCCUGUACGCACCGUGAUCACCAUGGAGACAAACAGGGACGGCGCCCAAAGGGCCCUGCAGGCUGUUCGGGAGACGGACAAAGUUCAAGCUAUCAUCAUGUGCAUGCACUCUGUGCUGAUUGGUGGAGAGGCCCAGCGCCAGCUUCUGAGCACAGCCAUGGAUAUGCAAAUGAUUGGCCGCGGCUAUGUCUUCUUCCCCUACGACACCCUGUUAUACUCUCUUCCCUACAAGGAAACAGAGUACCACAUCCUGGCCAAUGACACAAAGCUUCGCCGGGCCUAUGAUGCAGUCCUGACCGUCACCAUGGAUUCUGGGGAGCGUAACUUCUACCAGGCCUUUAAGGACGCCCAGAACAACUAUGAGAUCCGCACCAGCUCUCCACCUGAACAGGUGUCCCCAUUCUUUGGAACGAUAUACAACUGCCUGUACUACAUCGCCAUGGCGGUGGAGCAGGCCCGACAGGCUGGAGGCCGCUGGGUGUCCGGGAAGGUGCUGGCCAAAAGCGAGGGCGGCUUCGAGUUUGCCGGCUUCAACCAGCCCCUGUCGGCCGGCCGGAACGGGGAGGGGAUGCAGGGCCGAUACGUGGUGCUGGACACGGACGGGAGCCGCCCCACGCUGCGCUCCACGCACCUGCUGGAGGCGCCGCACACGUACGGCUCCCUUGGGGGCCUCAAGUACCUGGGCCGCUCUAUACACUUCCCCGGGAGCUCCCCCGGCACCGAGUCCAGCUGCUGGUUCAACCCCUACGUCGCCUGCAGUGGGGGCAUGGAUGGGGUCACUCUCUUCUUAUUCUUCAUUUUAGCCUGUAUCCUGGCAGGGGGAGGUGCCUUCAUUUUCAGGAGGAAAUUGAGCAAGGUCGUGCCACUACUUGGAGUGGGAGGGGGUCCCUCCAAAUUGGUACUGACUUUGGAUGACCUGAUCUUUAUCAACACACAAGUUAGCAGGAGGAAACUGAAUGAAGAGAGUGUGCUGAAGAGUAUGCUGGAUGUGAAGACUCCCUACCGCUCUGUGUCAGGUCGUAGCUACAUCCACACAACACCUGAGAACUCCAACGUCGCCCUCUAUGAGGGGGAUUGGGUCUGGUUGAAGAAAUGCCCAAAUGGAGAAACGGUGUCCAGUAUCACUGAAGCCACUAAGAAUACCUUCAACAAGUUGCGGGACAUGCGCCAUGAGAACCUGAACCUGUACCUGGGCCUGUUCCUGGACUCCGGCAUCUUUGCCAUCGUUACUGAACACUGCACUCGCGGGAGCCUCGAGGACCUCCUCAACAACGACGAAAUGCGCCUGGACUGGAUGUUCAAGUCUUCCCUCCUCAUGGACCUUAUCCGGGGAAUGAAGUAUCUCCAUAAUCGUAGCAUCAUCCAUGCCCGCCUCAAGUCUCGUAACUGUGUGGUGGAUGGGCGCUUUGUGCUGAAGGUGACCGAAUAUGGCUUCAACGGCAUCAUGGACGCACAGAACAUGGUUACAGAGGAGAACAAACCUCAGGACCAGCUGUGGACAGCCCCGGAGCUCCUGCGGGACCCCAGGAAGGAGCGGAAGGGAACCUUCCAGGGUGACGUGUACAGCUUCGCCAUCAUCAUGCAGGAGAUCAUAUCCCGCAGCUCGCCCUUCUGUAUGCUGGACAUGCCCGCACGCGAAAUCAUCGACAAGGUGCGAUCGCCACCUCCGCUGUGUCGGCCCUGCGUGUCUGUGGACGAGGCUCCACUCGAGUGCAUCCAGAUCAUGAAGCAGUGCUGGAGCGAAGAGCCUGACAGGAGACCCACCUUCGAGGAGAUCUUCAGCCAGUUUAAGAACGUGAACAAAGGGAAGAAGACUAACAUCAUUGACUCCAUGCUGCGUAUGCUGGAGCAGUACUCCAGUAACCUGGAGGAUCUGAUCAGGGAGAGGACCGAGGAGCUGGAAGUAGAGAGACAGAAGACUGACAAACUGCUGGCUCAGAUGCUUCCCAGGUCAGUGGCCCAUGCCCUGAAGACGGGGAAGCCUGUUAAGCCAGAGCACUUCCCUGAUGUCACUCUCUACUUCAGUGACAUUGUGGGCUUCACCACGAUAUCUGCCCUGAGUGAGCCCAUAGAGGUGGUGGACCUGCUUAAUGACCUCUACACACUCUUUGAUGCUAUCAUCGGCGAGCAUGAUGUCUACAAGGUUGAGACCAUCGGAGAUGCCUACAUGGUGGCCUCGGGUGUCCCUAACCGCAAUGGUAAUCGGCAUGCAGCCGAGGUGGCCAACAUGUCCCUUGACAUCCUGCACUGCAUUGGGGCCUUUAAGAUGCGACACAUGCCCGACGUCAAAAUCAGGAUCCGCAUUGGCCUGCACUCCGGUACUGUUGUAGCAGGAGUAGUAGGUCUCACAAUGCCUCGGUACUGUCUCUUCGGAGACACAGUCAACACAGCCUCCCGAAUGGAGUCCACAGGGUUGCCUUACAGGAUCCACGUUAACCAGAGCACUGUGGAUAUCUUACAUAGUUUAAAACUGGGCUACAAAAUGGAGGUCAGAGGCAGAACAGAGCUCAAGGGGAAAGGAGUUGAAGACACAUACUGGUUGGUGGGGAGAAACGGGUUCAAUAAACCCCUACCCAUACCCCCUGAUUUAUCCGCAGGGGUCAGUAGUCAUGGAAUCAGUCUGGAUGAAAUUCCUGCUGGCAGAAGACAGAAGUUCCUUGAACGACAGAAACAAAUGGGAUACUGAUAUAAUUUUGUGUAUAAUCAGUGAGAGGCUGUAAGGGUGCUGUAAGGGGCAGGGGGGUUGGUAGUUUAGGAUG